GCGCGUUAUUGUAGAAUCAACUUAGUAGUUACGGAAUUUUUUUUCAUGCAUACGUAGCCUAAUAUUGACAUACUUAUGUUAUGCUACAGGUUUCUUCUGCUUUUAAUAAAAAAUAUAAAAUGUAUUCAAGAAACUGUCAUACAAAAAUUGCUAAAAAAAGAUAUCUUGGCAGAGAAGAAAACAUCCAAAAGUCUGUAAUGAGAAUUAUAAAAAAAAAGUUCUUCUGUUUACUAUCCAGGUCAGUUUUGAAGGUUAUAUGAUUUUUGAUAUGAGACUUCUUUUUACAAUUCUUGAAAAUAAUUUAGUGUGUAAAUGUGGUGGAAAUAUCAAAAUGUAUGAAGAAAGUUGUAGUGUAUUAGGUGGAAAGUAUAGUAUUUCUUGUGAUAAGUGUAAACAUGACACUUUUUUUUUAAUUGCAAUAAAAUUGGUAAAAAAUCAAAUAUUUAUGAACUAAACAGACGUAGUGUUCUUGCCAUGAGAAUAGUUGGGGGUGGCCUUGAAAUCCCCAGAAGUUUUUGUGGAGUGAUGGAUUUUCCUGCUCCAGUGCAAAACUCAAGUUUUACUAAAAUCAGAAAACAGCUAUUAAACGUUACCUGUGAUGUUGCUCAUAAAUUCAUGUCUGAUGCCGUUGAAGAGGAAAUCAAACUUACUCAAAAUUCAAGCAAAGAAACUGUUGAAGUUGAUGAUUCCAAUCAAGAAGCUAUUCAUCGAUUGAGUAUCGAAAAUUUAGAACAGGAAGAUAUGUCAGAGAAUGAAUCGGAGUUGACAAAUACUCCAGACGAAGUUGUAGCUUCUACACGAAACAUAGGUGUUCAAGGUGAUGGUACAUGGCAGCGUCGAGGUCAUAGAUCUUACAAUGGUGUUUUUACAAGUAUUGGACAAGAAAGUGGAAAAAUCCUUGAUAUUGAUGUGCUUUCCUCAUACUGUUUACAGUGCAAUUUAUAUGAAAAAAUUCAUGGAUCUGAAGGGACUCCAGAAUGGCAAGAAUGGUUUAGUGCGCACUUACCAUCGUGCACUAAAAAUCAUAUUGGCUCAUCCGGAUCAAUGGAAUCUUCAGCCAUUGUGGAUAUUUUCCGUCGCUCAGUAGAAAAGUAUGAUGUAAAAUAUGUAUCUUACUUGGGCGAUGGAGAUUUUUCAACAUUCUCAAAAAUUUUGGAAGCAAAGCCGUAUGGUAAUCACGUAGUAGUUACGAAGAAAGAGUGUUGUGGCCACGUGCAGAAACGUUUUGGCAAGCAACUCAGAACAUUAAAAGAAAAAAUUAAAUCAAAGAUUCUUUCCGAUAGAAAGAAAAUUGGUGGAAAAGGACGAUAAACUAAUAAACGAACUACAAACAUAUUAUGGAAAUGCUAUCAGAGGAAAUUCUGAUUCUUUAGAAAACAUGACCAGAGCAAUUUAGGUCAUUUUUUUCAUAAAGGUUCGACUGAUGAAAAUCUCCAACAUAUGUACUGUACUACUGGAUCCGGAUCUUGGUGCAAAUAUCAAAAGGCAUUAGCAGAAGGUAAAGAACAAGAUUAUGUCCAUCCUCCAGCAAUAACAAAAGCAAUUUUAGAUGAAAUUGAAGAUGUGUUUAAAAAACUGUCUGAGCCGGAGUUUCUUAGAAAAUGUUUAGGUGAACAGACGCAGAAUGCUAACGAGUCCUUCAAUAAUGUUUUAUGGAAUAUCGCACCAAAGACUGAUUUUGUUGGACUUGAAACAUUAGAAAUAUCAGCAUAUAUAACGUGCAUUAUGUUUUCGACUGGCUGGAAAGGAUUAUUAUUUCUCAUGUCUAACCUUGAUAUUGAACCUGGCAAAAAUGCAUUAUCUGCUGCAGUGAUAAAGGACCAAUUACGUAUCAAGGAAGCUGAAAAACAAACAGAAAUGAAUUCAAAAGAAGCACGAAGAUUGAGAAGGCAAUUGAAUAUUCCCACUGCUGAUAAUGAAUAUGCCAGUGGCGGAUACUGAAAUUUUAUUUUAAUUAUUUGGCUUGGCGUAUUCAGAGGUCUAAUAAGUAUUGAGACGCAGUCAGAUAAUUAAAAGUAUUAUGAGAAGUUAUCAAAAAAGUAUUGAACUAUACCAGUCGCUAUUAGUAGUCUCAGUCAGUGAUGAACACAAAAGUUUGCAAAAGUGUAAAAAAGUGAAUAAUGUGAUAUAUAUUGAACAAAAAUGUAAUAUUAAUAAAAAAAUAGUAAAAAUACUUAUAACUGUGAUAUUUAAUGUUAUUUGACAAAGGUAAUAUUGAGAUGAUUAAGUAUUGUUCAUUGACCGCAAGAUUCAAGCGUACUGAAGCAUCGUAUUACAACAAAUCAAUGGUUAUUUUGUUCGUUGUGAGUGUUCUCAUGGUCCG